CGGUUUGUUCCUAUCACGAAACGUCAAACCAUUAUAUCUCUGCCUAGUUAACCUUCAUUACGUGGCACUGCGUCACUCAUUUUCCUAAAGCGCUUCUCUUGUUAUCAAACAUGGAUGCGGCUUCUACUUCUGUUGGACACGACCCGUCAAGCGACCCGAACCAAACAGCGGCGUUUGACUUGAGCAGACCCCCCGUGAUCGAUGGGUUCACGCCUCUGCCGAGGUCCAAGGACGAAGGAUUUAACGACAAGUUUAUCAGAAAGACGAAAGAAAACCCUUUCGUGCCGAUAGGUUGCUUUGGCACGGCGUGUGCCCUCACUUACGGACUCAUCGCCUUCAGGCGCGGCAAGACCCAGCAGUCCCAGAUGAUGAUGCGAGCCCGUAUUUUCGCUCAGGGAUUCACAGUGUUCGCUCUCCUGUUUGGUGUGGCAUCGACUGCCUUGAAACCCAAACAGUGAAGGGGAGGACCGAGUCACAGUGGAGUAGUGAAGAAGGGUGCCCUGGAGGGGAACAGCGCUGUGGUUUAAUUACAUUUUUUGGUUGACACUGUUUUUUGUUAGAGUGUUUAAUUUAAUCCCCAAAGCUAGUUUUUUUUAAUGAUUUUAACACAGCAAAAAUUGUUGUUUUGGACUGUCUCGGAGGUUGAAACCACCUUUUAAAAGUAAACCAUAUCUCCUUGUGGAUUGCCUGUGCAGAAUGACAAAACCAAGGUGUGUUCAGUAGUCUUUCAGUAUGACAAGAACACAAAUGCAAGUGUCAGGUAUCAAGGGAACCUAAAUGUUAGAUUCCUCAUUUCCCUCAGAUACUGACCCUGGUGUUACUGUGUAUAUAUACGACAAGCUAUUUAAUGCAACAGGUACAGUUGUCAUAAUAUUUCAGCUUUAGUCUCUUGUCCAUUUAGCAGCCUGUUUAAUUUAGCAGGUGUUAUUUCACAGGUAGAAUAGAUCUGGUGUAUUGUUAUGCAUUUGCAAGGUAAAAAUCAGUGUUUUUAAAGCAUCUCAACAAAUUGCAUUAAUGGCUUCACACUGUGUUGCUGGUAAAUAAAUAUUAUGCCAAAAAAGGAUUUGUUCUGAGGUAACAGAACUUGUGUAUAAAUCGGCAUGCCUAGCAGCCACCGCAACCACAUUCCCCUUAAAAUUGAAGUCGUUCAUAAAUUGUAUUGAUGGUCACUUGGGUGUAAGUUUUACAGAAUACUUGCACCCAGGUCAUCAUUAAGUUUGCUGUGAUCUUUUUAUUUUAGGCAGCAAUGAUUGUUAAAGCACCUUACUGUAACACAUGUGUACAAAGAUGUCUAUUAAAACAUAAAACGUGGCCUUAGGUUUGGUUCUUACUUGGUAUGCCAUUAUCCUGCACCAAUAUGAAAAAUCCCAAAUAAGAGAUCUAGUCUGGGCUGAUUGAAUUAUUUGAUGUUUCAGUUUGAGGCAGUCCUAGACUGGGUGGGAAGAUAACGGGUCCAAGGUAAAGCCAAGGCUGUAUGCUGUUAUGAUGAAAAGUUUCAUGGAGUGUGAAAAGAAACAUUAACAGGAUGCAUGCACAACACUAACUGGCGCCCGUGUGCUUUAUUUCUAAACCACUGGCAUUUUUAUAAGGUUGUCAGUUUGGCAGCUGAAUUGGUAACUGGUGGAAUGAUCUGUCAGCCUGAACUAACUCCAAGUCUCAUUCUCUAAUCAAACAUGUCUGUUUGCAAAAAUAAAAGUUUUAAGCCAGUUUUAUUUUUAUUGCGAAGGCAAGAACACGUCAUAAAAAUGAUACUCGAUUUUAAUCUACACCAAAUAUAACCAAGCACAAAUACACUGUUGUGCAUUAACAGAAUAACACAAGCCAAGAUACAUAGAAACGGCUGUAAAUUCCAGAACAGGAGUUCUCUCUCAAAAGUAACUCUCAGGGACAGGACUGAGUAGUUCAAAAGUGUCUCCUCUUAAUUCUUCUUGAAAUAGCCACUAUUGCUCAGUUCUGAAAUGGUUCUUUGAACUGGGGAGGAAUACACUAUAUUCUUUUUAACUAACCCAUUUACAACAAUCGACAAACUGAACACAAGCUACAAAAGUGUUAAAGCUACGAGGAAGGAGCUUUUCUCUUUAACUGGGGUCUUCAUUUUCUGUUCUCCUUGCAAAGCUGAAUUUGAAUGUGCACAUGAACAAGUCACAGUAAGUACACUCACUCAUAAGUAAAUAUCCUCACCAGUUUUGAAAUUGGUGUAAAACUGCAAAUACAGGUUAAUAAAUUGUGAGGGAACCUUGUUAAGACAGUCGCACACAUCAGCCUGGGAGGCAAAAAGGUCUGGUGGCUGAGGACGAACGGUUAUUGCGAAGAAAAAAUAGCACUGAUCUUCUGAUCUAGAGCUGUUUCUACAAUACUGUUAACAAGACUGAUAGUCCUGUAAAACAUCCUCUUUAAAAAAUAAACAUGAUUUACCAGACAAGGAGACUGGAAUUGGAAUAUUAGACCCUAUUUUAGGUCACAAUAUGUUCACAAAUAUCAUUACAGUAGUAAAGAUUUAGGCAACAACCCAGUUUUACAUUUUCUUUAUUCAAUUUCCAGGACUACACAAUUACUGGAAUAUAUAUAUAUAUAUAUAUAUAUAUAUAUAUAUAUAUAUAUA